AUGCCUGUCGAACUACGCAAACGGCCUCCCCCAAAGGAACCAGCUGCCCCGCCUCCGGCCGCCAAACGAGGGAGCGGUAGCAGCACGGUGAAGAAACUCGUCCGCAAGGCCGUCCCCGCCGUUCCUCGAAUCGGGUCGUCCAGGACAGCCAAAAAGACCGACGGCUCUGCUGUGGCUGACCUGCCAGAGCCGGAAGCUGCCCCUAGCACCGGCGAAACCGCACCGGCCGCAGGGGCCAGCGAGAAAACCAAAGAACCGGCGGCGAACGGCAGCGCGGUAAAGGGGACUGGGAAAUUGACCGUAGGGGGCAAGAUCGAUCUCGACGGCUUUGGUGGCACGGUGCAGACGCACGAUGGAACCAACGUGACGUUGAAAGAGCUGAUAGAGAAGAGCGGCGCAGGCAUCGUCAUCUUCACGUAUCCAAGGGCCAGUACGCCGGGCUGCACCAAUCAAGCAUGUCUCUUCCGGGACAACUACACGCCCAUCACGGGUGCAUCGCUCGCAGUCUAUGGAUUGAGUACGGACAGUCCUAAGGCGAACACCACGUUUGCGACCAAGCAGAAGUUGCCGUAUCAGCUAUUGUGUGAUCCCAAUGCGACUCUGACCUCCGCUAUUGGGAUGAAAAAGCCCGGCGCUGGCAAAUCCACCACUCGCGGCGUAGUUGUCAUCGACAAACAGGGGACGCUUCGCCUCUGGGAGCAAGCCGGACCGGCCAAAACCCUCGAAGCAGUUUUGGAAUACAUCAAAUCGCAGGGUAUGACCGAGACAGGCGCCCCCGCCGCGGCUGCGGCACUGCCCGCAGACAACCCGGUUGCGUCCGAGGAGGCAGCAAAGCUAGCAGAUCCGGACACCAAGAUGGACGAGGUGCCGCUUGUGAGGACGCCGAGCAAAGCGGAGCAGGAGGCCGCCGAGACAGCAGCCGAGGUGGCCGAGACGGCUGCGAUGCUUGCCGUCAAGGAGGGCCACCCAAAGCCAAGGAGGAGUUUUCGUUGA